GCAACCGUGGUCACGUACAACUUAACCGGCCUUGACCUCAUCGUCGAAACUUCGUCCGAGGAACCAGGAACGCUCGGGCAUGACGUAUUUGAAUAUUUCCAUCGCAGCCGUUAUCCGGUAACUGGGAUUGAUUUCGAUACUGGCCGUUAUUUAAACGACCAUAGCAUCGGGCUGGGCCUCCAGCGAUCCUCACGAUGCGUUCCCCCGUCCUCCUCCUCCUCGCAGGAUGCACGACCGCUCUAGGUGCGCUCUACGAGAAAUUUGAUGAUCUCCCGACGCUGGAUUUUGACUUCAUCAUCAUCGGAGGAGGGACAGCGGGGAACGUCCUCGCUAAUCGUCUGACCGAGAAUCCGCAUUUUUCUGUAUUGGUUCUCGAAGCAGGUGCAUCCACGGCCGACGUUCUCAUCUCUCAAGUCCCCUUCUACAGCCCAUUAGCCUCGGCAGGGAACACCUCAAUAGACUGGAACUUCACCACAACCGCACAGUCUGGACUAAACGGACGCUCCAUUGCAUAUGCAAGAGGCUUCGGGUUGGGAGGUAGUAGUGCCAUCAACUAUAUGUUAUACACGCGUGGUUCUUACCAAGAUUACGACCGAUUUGCACGGGUUACGGGAGAUGAUGGAUGGAGCUGGAACGCGCUGGAACGAUAUAUUCUCAAGUCGGAACAAUUUACUACUCCGAUCGACCACCAUAAUAUCACCGGGGAGUUUAUCCCAGAGGAUCAUGGUUUCGACGGGCUUCUCUCUGUUACGCUUCCAGGAUACCCUCGGGCUACAGACUCGCGUAUGAUCCAGGCUACAGCUGAUCUUCCGGAUGAAUUCCCCUUCAACGAAGAUUAUAACUCUGGCUACUACUUGGGUAUUGGUUGGGAACAAUCGACAGUUCACAAUGGCACUCGAAGCAGCUCAGAAACCGCGUUUCUUGGUCCGAAAUACCUGAGUAGGCCGAACUUGCACGUCCUCAUCCACAGCUACGUGACCCGAAUCCUCGAAUCCAACUGCACUACUAAAGGUGUGAAGACCUUCGAUACCGUGGAAUUUACCCAAGAUGCUGGAGAAACGAUAUAUACCCUUUCGCCUGCCAAAGAAAUCCUUCUCUCCGCUGGAUCUAUCGGGACCCCGCAUAUCCUUCUCCACUCAGGUAUCGGCGACGCCGAUGAGCUCAGUUCCGUUGGCAUCACUCCGACUGUACAUCUCCCUGAUGUCGGGAAGAACCUCACUGAUCACCCGAGGUACGCUUUAGCUUGGACCGUCAAUAGCACGGACACUAUCGAGAACGUUUACUUGCGAAACGAGACGUUCCAGGAGGAGGCACUCGCCGAAUGGGAGGCAAACCGUACCGGAUAUAUCGCGAGCACUUCGGGAAAUCAGUUAGGUUUCUUGAGGGUACCUGAAGGUCUGCUGGACGAUGAACCGUGUUCAGGCGACGAGACGGCCCACUUUGAGCUGGUUUUCACAAAUGGUAUCCCUCAAGAGCCGAUACCACCUACUGGUAACUACUUCACGAUACUAGCGAUAGUAGUCUGCCCUCUAGCGCGCGGUGAUAUCACCAUUAACAGUACGAACCCUCUCGAUGCCCCGCUCAUCAACCCCAACCUCCUCGGUCACCCCCAAGACUUGACUAUAAUGCAAGCCGCUAUAAACGCAUCUGAGAGAUUCGUUACUGCCCCCGCAUGGGAUGGAUACAUUCUCGAGUUCGCGUCGAACACUACCGAAGCCGCUAUUCGCGAAGGAGCCGACACGCUCUGGCACCCUGUUGGUACAGCAAGCAUGUCUCCUCGUAACGCGGGCUGGGGUGUCGUCGACCCUGAUCUGAAGAUGAAAAGCGUGAAGGGUGUGAGAAUUGUUGACGCGUCUGUUUUCCCUUACGUGCCUGCAGCUAACACGCAGGCUGCGGUGUAUGCCUUUGCUGAGAGAGCUGCGGAUUUGAUUAAGGGGGAUUAUAUGAAGAAGCAUUGACGUAUGGUGUAAAGGAUCCUACCUUAGGGAGGGUCUUCAACCCGAGAAUAGAACACGAUCGGCGUAUAUUGGCCAGAGUACGUAGAGUCAAAGACACGACAUAGA